AUGAAAGUACAUGGUCUCGAUCGACUGUCAAAUGCCUUUGGACUUCAUCGCGAUGUAUUUGACUCACCAACCCCUUUGCUUCUGGCUUCUGUUCUUUAUAUCUCUGCUCUUCACCACCAAUCCUCUGAGAUGGGCUCAUUGGCGUCGGGUUAUUUUUCAGCAACUUGUUGCGCAGUAGCUGAAUUAGCAUCUCCGUACGCGAGCCCAUCUCUCACCAUAAUUAACGACGGUGUAGCCAACGAGAAACAAGCUAUGCCUCAAAAUAAAGGGAAAGUGGCAUUCCAUAAUAUCCUCGGCUUGAUAAUGGCAAGUCUAAGCUCUGAGGCCUACGUCGACACUACUGGCUCAUGGAUUGCAAUGGGAUACCGACUGUGGCUUGAUAAUUAUUUCCACGAACCCGGCGAUUCAACAAUAGACUGGCGUGGACUAUUUUCUGGCCUUCAGGUGAUAGACAUUGAACAUGCAUCAAUACAUAUGUCCUAUCCUCUCAUGCCACGGCAACCGCCAACACUUGGCAUUCAACGUUUAGACAGCCACCAAGGACAUGCCUUUCAAGGACUCGCGGAGAUGAUGCACCUAGGACUCAGUCACUUUGUUGGUAGAGGACUACCUACAAUAUGGUGCUCGAUAAAUGCCGAUAUCUCCGACGGCAUUACAUCUGUUCGAAGCUCGUUUACCGAGCAGGACUCCGAGGUAAUCAGGCUUUGGGCCAGAAGACUCGAUGACUGGCUUGUUCGAUAUAAUGGAGCAUCCCGGUUCGAUCUCAGCUCGGCAAAUAUCACCCCAGUCGAGAGACAUGAACUCCUCGUGUCAGCGCGGGCAGUGCUACGAUUGCGCCAAGACGAUGCCAGCAUCUGGUCCAAUUGGGACUUAAUAAUGAUUACUUGGGCUGCUAUUUUACUUCUCCGUGGCGUAGAAGAUGGCAUGACACAUCAAGAUGAUUUACAUCUUAUUCAAGCCCACCUCCGCAGCCUCAAAAGAAGCUAUGAGCCCACAGCGAGUAUACAUUCUGUAUUAUCCCAACGUCUUGAAUCCAGCAUGCAAGCAAUGCAUACACCACCAGACACAAGCUCUGCAUUAGCCUUCCCAGGCCCCAGCGCGGAUGAUCCAUGGACCAUCUUCGAUCAUGACAUAAUGUCCCUAGCUAAUCCUCCCUGGUUAUUCGAAGACUCUACCCAGUUUCAACAGACCGAUAAGUCCAUCCCCGACGGCUCGGUAGGAUUACCAGGUGUUCCUUAUGACUCCGGUCUGCUUGAAAGUACAGCUCAAAGUUUUGGAACAUACAUGGAAUAG